AAAACCCUCCAUAAACCUCUACAGCGAACUCUCCAACACCACACCCACAAAAUAGAGAUGUCGUCUCUUUGCCGGCUUCUCCGCCGUACAUUAUCGACCGCCACCUCUGCCACCGCCACCGACAGCACCAAAGCCAAAUCUUUCUGUAAAGAAAUAUAUAAAGAACGCAAUCUUGAGCAACUCGUCGAGAAAUUCAAAAUUGCAUCUGUAGACGAGGAUUUCCGCACAAAACCUUCCGUUUACAAAGAAGCCGUUCGCCGCCUCGCAGCCGCCAGGAAAUUUAACUACGUAGAAGAAAUUUUAGAGGACCAGAAGCAAUAUAAGGAUAUAUAUAAAGAGGGUUUUAAUGCUCAUUUGAUUUCUCUGUAUGGUUCAGCGGGCAUGUUCGAUAAUGCACGCAAGGUGUUCGACGAAAUGCUUGAAAGAAAAUGCGCUCAGACGGUCGUGUCUUUUAAUGCGUUGUUGGGGGCUUGUGUUAACUCGAAGAAGUUUGAUGAAGCAGAAGGGUUGUUCAAAGGGCUAUCCAAGGAGUUAGAGAUUGAACCAGAUUUGGUUUCGUAUAAUACAGUCCUUAAGGCUUUUUGCGAGAUGGGCUCAAUGGAUUCGGCUGUUACAUUGCUAGAUGAGGUGGAGAAGAAAGGCUUGGAGUCUGAUUUGAUUACUUUUAAUACGCUUUUACAUGGGUUUUAUGCGAAAGGAAGGUUCGUUGACGGGGAGAGGAUUUGGGAGCAAAUGAAGGAAAAGAAUGUUGAACCAGAUGUACGAAGUUAUAAUGCGAAGUUGCUUGGAUUGACAUUGGAGAAGAGAAUGGAAGAUGCGGUUAAGGUUGUUGAAGAAAUGAAGAGUAAGGGGAUUCAACUUGAUACCUUUAGUUACAGCACUUUGAUUAGAGGGUUUGUUAAUGAUGGGGAUUUGAAGAAAGCUAAGCAUUGGUAUCAUGAAAUAGGGAGAAGUGAUUGUAAACGGGAUAAAUUGACUUUGGAGGGCUUGAUUCCUUUUGCCCUUCAGAAGGGUGAUUUUAUGUUUGCUUAUGGUAUUUGCAAGGAUGUUCUCUGUAGCAAGUUGCUUGUUCAAAAUGCUUUGAUACAAAGCGUGGUGGAUGCAUUGGCUAAGGAGUCAAGGAUUGAAGCAGCAAAGGAGCUUGUGAAUCUUGGGGAUGCACAUCAUACCUAUUCUUAUAAGUUGAAUUUGCCUUCUAUUUAGCUAUGUAUUGUCCUUUAUGGUUUUGACUUUUUAUCUGGUAAAGCUGCAAAUGUUUAGAAAAUAAGUAGUUUACUAAGCAUUUGGAGUUAAAUAAUUCUAAACAUUUUAGCUUGGAGAUGCUUUUCAAUAAGUAGUACUCCAGAAUUUUCUGUUUGUUUGGUUUUGUAUUUUAUGGUCGUGGUAGUCAAUCUAUCUUUUAACUUGUCAAUGACAUUUGCAAGCUCUGCUUUUAUUUUAUAUCAAUUUUAUAUUGUUAGAUUUGCUA